AGAAAGUGCAUUACAUUUUAAAGAGUCAUUUUAGUGUUAGGUUCCUUGUAUCUUGGGAAAAUCAAGCGAAUGUUUUCAGGGAUCUGGGAAGAUUGAGGGAUUGACACGUUUGUGGUUGAACUGUGUAAGGAGGCGACUAGAAACGAAUGAGACCGGUUGUUUGAUCACAAGUGAGAGUUGUUUGAUAUCGUUGAGUCUUGUUUCGCUAUUGCAGAAAUGUGGUAAGAGGUUCAUGGGAAAUGGCGGCGAGUAGUGCAGAUGAAAUGGAGGAAAAGUUGGUGAAGCAGCAGCAGCUGUGCUGGAAUGCGAACAAUAUGGGUGUCAAGUAGAGAUGGUAUGGAACGGGAAGAUGAGGGUCAAGGGCCGGAAUGUUCGGUAGUGAAAAGACAGGAAGAAGAGAUCAUGAUACAGAAAGUAGUGGAUCGUCUUGUAAAGAAUGCUUAAAGAGGGCCAAGCCUAGACUGUCCUUAUAGCUCCUAUGUACUGUAAUCAAUGGAGCCUCAAGAUCUAACCAAAGUGGUUCUGCUGGCUUGUGGGUCUUUCAACCCCAUAACCAAUAUGCACCUGCGUAUGUUUGAAUUGGCACGGGAUUACCUGGAAGAUACAGGACAGUACAUAGUUGUGAGGGGCAUCAUCUCUGCAGUGGGUGACGGCUAUAAGAAGAAGGGUCUGAUUGAGGCCUGUCACCGUGUAGAUAUGGCCAGGCUGGCCACAGACACCUCUGACUGGAUCAAGGUAGAUGCAUGGGAGAGCCAGCAGCCUGAAUGGGUGGAGACAGCUAAAGUGAUGCGGCAUCAUUAUAAAGAACUGAUGACAGCGGAACAGAACAAUGACUAUGUGGACACUGCAAAGAAGAGGAGGAUUGAGGCGACAAAGCACGCUUUUGAGGAUCCAUCCUCGUAUCACACAAGGAGAGACAACGGCCCUCAGCUGAAACUCCUGUGCGGCGCGGACGUCCUGGAGUCCUUCGGCGUUCCCAACCUGUGGAAGCACGAGGACAUUGCCGAGAUCGUGGGCCGCUAUGGCCUGGUGUGCAUCACCCGCAACGGCUGUGACGCCCACAAGUUCAUCCACCAAUCGGAGGUGCUGUGGAAGCACCGCAAGAAUAUCCACGUGGUCCGUGAGUGGGUAACCAAUGAGAUCUCGGCCACGCACGUGCGUCGGGCCCUGGGCCGGGGCCAGACCGUCCGCUACUUACUACCAGACCCGGUGGUGAGCUACAUCCGGGAGCACGGCCUGUACAGUGCCGAGAGUGAGCAGAAGAACGCUGACGUCGUCCUUGCCCCGCUUCAGAGACACACUGGCCCCUCCUCCAGCUGAGGUGGCCAGCCAUGUUGCCUGCUGCCAACUUGAAUGCCUUGAGACCAUUGAAGGCCGAUGGGAGGAGCUAUAGGAUUACUGGCUCAUUGGAAUGGAAUAGAUAGAAGGGCAUUAAACGUGGUUUCCGUAUGUUUGAUACCUUUACAAUUUAUUUUCUAGCCAUUACAAUUAGCCCGUCUUCCUACAGCUCCUCCAACCGGCCUCCUCUACUUGAGACUGUGUUGUAGAAGCAUUUAUCUUUUACUGGUUUGAGAAGAUUUGUGAAUAAAUGCACAGAUGUUUUUGUAUAUUUUUGUAACAGUUGAAGUAGACUGCUCACCAGUGCUAGAAUGAGUUUGUACCAGAAUAGCCUCUUGUGUGGCAUCUCCUCAGAGAAUGGGUGAAUCUGCUAAAGUUGAAAUGAAGAACUGUGUUUUGUAGAAAAGUAUAAGCACCCAAGUAGUGGCAAUCCCAAGCGCCAGAAUGUAAACCCUUGAUCUGUCACUAACACUCAAUCUGGUCCUUUAUCACUUUAUCUAUAUAAUAGCACAGAUCGACACCCAUGAUUAUUUGUGUACAAAUGAGAAUUCCUUGAUUUACAAUGAGCCUGAUGUAUAACUACAGAAAUGUUUCAUUUCGCAAUGCAGUGAUUAACAAGCUCGUCCACCCUUGAGUACAUUUUGUGUUUUUUUUAAAUGCUGGGGCUUUAGUGUGUGUGUGUGUGUGUGUGUGUGUGUUUUGACUAAUUCCCUCAGGCAAAGGCAGUUGGUAUAUAUGGAAGCCGUUUAGAUAUAGUAGUAUAGUAUUGAGAAAAAUAAAACGUUGUCUUUGUUUUGCA